AAUCAUGCUCGGAGUCGUUUGGCUGUCUACGCAGUCCUGGACGGGAGGUCUUUGUAUCUCGGUAAUCCUCUCUUCGCUUGCCCCAGGCUACCAGAACAUGAAAAACACCAUGCCUGCUAGUACGCACAUGGAGACUAAAGAGUUUGUCGGCUUUGUCAUUUAUUGCGUCCUCAUGUGCGGAAUGAUUUAUGUUCCUCCUGAAAAAUCAUCCAGACUGCUCACGACGCUGAACGUGAUGACCGGUGCAACUCUGUUUGGCAUGAUGGUGUACUGCCUGAAGGCUGCGCACGGGGCUGGUCCCCUCCUAUCUGAGCCGGCUCUGGCAAACACAGCGUGGGAGAAAGGCUGGGCCAUUAUGGCAGGAAUCAAAACUACCAUUGGAACCAUUGCCGUGGGACUGACGAACCAGCCGGAUUACAACCGGUUUGCAAGAAGUCCGAAGGACCCGCUAAUUGGCCAGAUUGUUUCGAUUCUAUUCUAUGGCUCGGUUGUCCCGCUCGUUGGCUGUCUCACCACUUCUGCCUCGGCCAAACUUUAUCCAGAUACCGAUGGCGGCAUCUGGAACCCUCCGCUUUUGGCAGCUAGAUGGCUUGACGACGACUAUAAUGCCAAGAGCAGAGCUGGCGCCUUUUUCUGUGGUGUUGGAUUGCUAGCCGGGCAAUUAGCCAUCAACACAGUCGACAACGCAUUUUCUGCCGGAAUGGACUUUUCUGGCCUCUUCCCCAAGUUCUUGACUUUGAGAAGAGGUGCAUAUGUGGGGCUUUGUAUCUCCAUUCUUAUCCAGCCUUGGCAGCUUCUCUCGACUGCUGGUGUUUUCAUUAACGUUAUGUCUGCGUAUGCGGUGCUUUUGGGGGCAAUGACAGGAAUUAUGGUGUGUGAUUACUGGGUCGUUAGAAAAAGAAAGCUUAAGCUGAUGGACAUGUUUGAGCCAAGCAGCAGAUCGAUCUACUGGUUCAACGGGGGCUUCAAUUGGCGUUCGUUUGCAGCUUGGAUUAUAGGUUUUGCACCGCUGAUGCCCGGCUUUGUCAACGCCUGCAACUCCAGCAUAGAGAUUCCCUCCGGAGCAAAACAUCUCUACCAACUGGCAUUCAUUUAUGGCUUCAUUGUUUCGUUCUUGCUUCACUACUGCUUCAACCUUCUGUCGCCACCUUCCGGACUUGGUGAAUUGGACACUGUCAAUCCGUUUGGAACGUUCACGGAGCAGGAAGCCCGAAACAUCGGCAUAUGUUGGGAGGAGUCCGAGGAGAUGGACACUCCAGAUUACGACAAGUCCGAAAAGAGCCCGAAAACCGAGGUCAAAAUCAGAGAAAUUUCGCUCUAAAUACGAGCAGCUUCU